AUGCUCAACGCGCAACGCUACACACUCCAUUCCCCCUUCACCCCGAUGAGUACACCCGUACAAGGUCAUGGGGAAGACACCCACCAUAAUUCAUACGAUACCGCUCCACCUCCAUACCAAUCCGCCUCCGACUCCACAUCCCCAACUUCGACCGAUUACCCUUUCGACGACAAGGAGCUUCUCUUUGCUCCGCGCUCCCACGAGCCCGGUCUCGCCCCCUCCGUGAGCCUCUCUCGCGGCUUACAGGUCCCCACACGCACGGGAACCACCACCUCCGGGUUUCCAUACCCGACAGACCUGGCCCGCUACGACAUCUCGCAAGAACAGUGGCAGCAAUUCACCGAGGUCAUUUGCGACGAGGCCAAACUCUCCCGCCAACAAUGGCAGACGGUGAUUGGGAAAGGGCUGGGCACUCUGGCGCUGGGGGGACUGAUGAUCGGGGCCCUGAGUGCGAUUCCUGCACUCUUCAUCUCCCGACAUGUGCGAAGACGUCAAGAGCAGCGCAAUAUCAUUGCGGCCAUGGCGGGCGCGCGGGGGGAGAGACUCUCCCGGCACAUCUCCGAGUGGAAUCGGACCUUUUUCCAGCCACGGGGGGUGAUGAUUCGUGUGGAUCUGCCGGACGAGUAUAUCAAUGACAUGGAUCAGAUGAAUGUAUAUGGGAAAGAUGGGAAACUCAUGCGCUCUGCAGAGGAGGCCCGGGAAAAGGCCGCACUCAAGGCCCGCAUUGUGAUCAUUCCCGUGCAAAUGCUGGGCUCGGAUGCGAGUCAAUCUUCAAUGCCGUGA